UGCUGUUGUUUUCUUCUAGUUUUUUUUUUUUUUUACUCUCCAUCUUCUCUUUUGGGAGAACAAACUAGCUGAGCGAGAGGGAUAGCAAGCGAGAUUGGGGAAGAGGGGGAGUACAGAGGCCAAGAUGGAGACUCCACCGGUGUUCCAGGAGGCGCCGAGGUGCGACGUUUGCAAGUGUAGCUUCACAACUUUCAGGCGAAGGCACCACUGUCGAUGCUGUGGUAGGACUUUGUGCAGCGAACAUUCAUCAAAUCAAAUGGCUCUACCUCAGUUUGGCAUCUAUUCAAAUGUCAGAGUCUGUGAAGAUUGUUUCAAUAAUCCUUCUCGGUCUAGAGAAAAUGGUCAAAGUUCCUAUGAUACAGUUGCUUCUGUAGUAAAUGGGGUUUCAAGAUUAAAUGUGGAUGAGAAUGAUGCUCCAGAAGCAGAUUCAUUCUCUAGGGAAGCUGUUGCCACUGUACUUGAGUGCAAGUGUGGAAUGCCAUUAUGCAUUUGUAAACCUCCAAUGCCAGAUCCUGCUCCCUCACAGAAUAGCUUAGUUUCUAGUAGUCAUUCCAGUCAAAGACCGAAGAAGACCUCAUCAAACCAGAGAACAGUGGAGUCCAUCUCGAGGAAGCCCUCUUCUUCAUCAUCAUCUUCUUCUUCUUCAAACAAGCCAAGUUCAUUUUUAAAUAUGGGUCAAGCGAGCAAUGGUAAUGCUGACAAGCCUAAGGCAGAUUAUGAUGUUAACGGAGAGGGUUUAAGAGAAGCCAUCAAGAAUAGUGACCCUGCUGGUGUCAGAAAGCUUCUGAGUGAGGGCGUGGAUGCCAACUACUGUGACAAGCAAGGAUUGACUCCACUUCACCUGGCUGCACUUUUUAACCGUACUGAAAUAGCUUUCAUUCUUAUGGAUCAUGGAGCAAGUGUGGAGAGGAAGAAUGCACAAGGCGAAACUCCUCUUGAUUGUGCUCCUACCAUGCUACAAUAUAAGAUGCGCCAGAAGCUGAUGGAAGGUAUGGCAGAUCAAUAGACGGUAAUCAAUCACAUAAUAAACUAAAUUUUUUAAUCAAUCCAAGCUCAUCUCUUCAUGGUUCAGAAAGACUCUUAUUGAGGUUCAAGUUGUUCAUGUUUCAUAUAAAAAUGGUCUAAAUGAAUCGAUAUAACUGGAGCAGCUAAUAUUCAAGCAUUUCUACGUUAUAAGAACUUUGAUUUUGCUGUAUAUUCGAUAUAUAUAUUUUAUGAUGCAUAGUUGAAAUAGUUUCUACUGAGAGCUAUUAUGAACUAU